CAAUUUUAGCUCCCAGAACGGAGACGUUGCAGGUCUGAGAAUCACAGCAGCACAAAGAGCUUAAGGGAGAGGAAAUACUCAGCUGCUGGUGGAAUAAAAAACAAAUAAGGAGGCAAAUUUCAUCAGAUUAUUGACAAUUUUACAAGAAGAGGAGACAUUUAAUUAGGGAGUGAGUUGGGGGACGCAGCAGAUCAAACAUUUAGAGUACUGGGAUCUCAGGGACAGGUUUUUUGGGUGCUGCUUGUGGGAUUCUUAAAGGACAGGGAGAAUGAUGAUUCGUUUGCAGCAUCUGAUCGGACUCCUGAGCUGUCUUCAGUUGGCAGCCUGCUUGAGCUGUUACACCUGUGUGUUUCCGGCCAUCUCCCCAAUGGACUGCCUGAAGUUUCCUCUAGAGUGUCCCGCUGGGCAGCGCUGCCUCUCCAGUCAGGCGACAGGAAGACGAGGUGUUGUCCAAAUGACGAUAUAUGAGAAAAGCUGUGCCGUCUCUUCUCAGUGUGGCCUGAGUGGACAGAAAUACACCUCAGGUGUCUACUUUAACUACACCAACGACUGCUGCGACACAGAUCUGUGUAACAGAGCCGGGUCUUUUGGUGCUCUGUGCUGGAGAGGAAUGGUUCUCUGGAUGCUGCUGGCAAUUACCCUCCUGCUAGCUUGAGAAUCGGGGGCGAAGCAUACGUCUAGAUGUCAGGGCAAUUUAUUCUAAGGAUACAGUAAUUUAAAUCAGUGACACAGCUUGUAAGACAACAAAUUUUGACACAAUACUUGAUAAUUUCUUUUAUCAAUGAAUUGCUUCAGAACUUUUUUCCUAUAAUUGUUUGCAUAAAUGACUGAUAAAAAGCAAAAAUAAACACAAAUUUCUUAAGCUCUCA